UGGCGGCAUCACACUUGCACAGAAAUAAACAUGUAUUAUUUGUAAAGUAAAUUGCAUAGGCCAAUUAGCCCCAAAAUACUUAUAAAUAUCUGUAUUUUAUCAUCCCUAACGAAAACGACCAAUUGAAAGCGUGAACUAUGCAGAAAGUUAUUUCAAUUAAUGAAAGUCCUUGCCUCCGCCCCUCUAGUGCUACAACACAUCCAGCACGUUCCGUAUUUAUAUGCAGGUGCCUCUCAUUCGCUGCUUCUUUACACUUUGCUGCAGAACAGAACAGAACUCUUGUGAAAUUGCGUCUCUUAAGAAUAUAUUGUACUCGUUUCUGCAGAGCGAGAAGGGCUGAAUUAUUGAAACAUAUGUAUCAGUGAGCCUAACGCACGGACACUAUCGUGGCAGUUUCAGUAACAUAACUUUAGAAGCUUAGUUAAAUUCUUCAUAAAUCGCGAAAAUGCCUCUUCUGCAACAUGCAUUGGACACAGACUUGGAGCGGUUAGCCCUGGACCUGAUUGUCCCGUCCCUACUUGACCAAGGAUUCUUUUACGUGGAUAACUUCCUAGGAGAAUUGGUUGGACACUUUGUUUUGGACCAAGUGAAAGAGCUGCACAGCUCUGGAGUUCUGCAGGACGGACAGCUAGCUGGUCCUGACCGGAGUUGUGGGAUUUCCAAAAGGAACAUUCGGGGUGACAAGAUAGCCUGGGUCAGUGGAGUUGAAAGGGGGUGCGAGGCUAUUAACAUCCUCCUUACUUUAAUCGAUAAGUUGGUUUCUCAUUGCAUCGGCCGACUUGGGAAAAGUAUUAUUCGAGAAAGAUCAAAGGCGAUGGUGGCGUGCUAUCCAGGAAAUGGGACGGGAUAUGUUAAGCAUGUGGACAAUCCCAAUGCUGACGGUCGCUGUGUCACCUGUAUCUACUACCUGAACAAGAACUGGAACGCAGAGGAGCAUGGAGGAAUUCUUAGGAUUUUUCCUGAGGGCAAAUCCUACGUUGCAGAUGUUGAGCCCCUGUUUGACAGACUGUUGUUCUUCUGGUCAGAUAGAAGGAAUCCACACGAGGUGCUGCCGUCAUAUGCAACAAGAUAUGCUGUAACAGUGUGGUAUUUUGAUUCAGAAGAAAGAGCAGAGGCGAAGAGACGGUUCAGAGACUUAACAGCCUCCACUCAGGACCAGGACAGAAGAACCCCGUGAACUGUGACCUUUAGAGACUCCAUCUUGUGUGACACAAUAGAACAAUGAAUCCCAAAUCCUCCGUGCUGACUGAGAGUUUUCACACUUUGAUCUAAUCACUGUCUGGAUUUUGGUAUCUCUUCUAAAAGCUACAAAGAUGUGUGCUUGAUGGCUUUGUACAUAAUUUUUCUAUUAAAUUAUUUGCUGCUCUUUCAAUAACCAGGGUACUCAUUACUGUUUUUAAACCAAAGUGUCCUGGAUCAACCCAAAUAACACUGUACUACUUCUUGAAAUGUCUUCAUCCUCCCGAGACCCAGCAAUUCAUUUUUGUCCACUCUAAUGGACAGUAAUUGUUGAUCCGUAUCUCUGAGGCCAUACAUGCCACUGUGUUAAGUCCUGUUGUAACUUUGAGAGGACAUUCUGGGCUUUUCAAUGAUAUCACAUGUUUGGGGGUGGGACUUUUUAACGUUUUCUUGUUGUAUUUUCAAAAUGUUUUUUACCUACUGUAGAGGCUUUAGACAACGCCCAACAUUCUAAAAUAGGCCACUUCUUUUACAGGCACGGUUCUAAUUCAUUUUCCCCCUAGAUUAGUCAUGGUUCUUGUUGCAAAUAAAAUCAAAUGUAUUCCACAAGUUUUUAUUGUACAAUUUGGCUAAGCUGUAAUUAAAAUGUGUGCAUAUAAAGAUUAAUUGAGCUGACAAUGUCAUGUUGAAAAGCACAAAACCAAAAUGGACACCUGUUGUGGCUCAAAGACAUUGUCACAUCGUAUAUCUUGCUUUAAGUUGGUAAUAACAUCUGGAGUACUCAAGGGUGCAUCUCAAACGGUGACCUACUUCCUAUGUGGUACACUACUUUUGACCACAGGCCCUUUUGACAGAGUUUUAAAUCAUCCGAGUCCUUACGAAUUUAUUACAUGUCAACAAUCGUUAUAACUAGUUGAGUAGUUAUGAGUGACUCCCAGCACUUAUGUCAUUAUUGAUCGCGCUGAACAGAUGUCUUCGACAAUAACUGCAGGUUGUUUGAGAAGCUUCUGUAUACACCUUGUGAGAAGAAAUCAAUGAUUGAUGCAACUUUCAAAGCUUCACAGAUAUACAGCACUUGUAUUGUUGGCUGUAAACUAUUUUAGUGCGGAAAAUCGGCUUGUAUGCUGGUGGAUAUAGCCUACAGUAUGGUGAAUAAGAGUGGUUUUGUAAAAUGUUUGUUUCAAACAAAAUAAAAUAUUUUUUCACCUGAA